UCGAUCCACAGCCAUAUCCUUCGCUCCCGCUUCCUUCACUUUUUGUAGGGUUAGGGUUUUGCGCCGUCCGACCCCGCCGCGAGAUCGAUUGAUUGAUGGACCCGUCCUACAAGAAGCGGAAGGCGGACGAGAACGGCGCCCUCGCCACCGCCAUCCCGGCGGCCGAAUUGACGCCGGAGGAUGGCCGUAAAAUCAUUGACGCAUUCUCCCUCGACCAGCUCCGCGACAUCGUCGCCGCCGCCGUUUCCCGCGGCGAGCCUGGCGUCCUCGCCGACGUCCGCGCUAUCGCGGAUCGCGACCAGAGCCAGCGCAAGCUCUUCAUCCGCGGCCUCGGCAUGGAGACCACUACUGACGCCGUUCGCUCCCUCUUCUCUACGUACGGCGAGAUCGAGGAGGCCGCUGUUAUUGUUGACAGGGCCACCGGGAAGAGCAAGGGUUACGGGUUCAUCACCUUCCGCCAUAUCGACGGUGCCCUCCGUGCCCUAAAAGAGCCAUCCAAGAAGAUCGAUGGCCGGAUGACGGUCACCCAGCUUGCUGCUGCCGGUAACUCCGGGUCCGGCGCUGCUCCGUCCGCCGAUGUCUCUCUCCGCAAGAUCUAUGUGGCAAACGUCCCCGCUGACAUGCCAUCUGACCGACUCCUUGCCCAUUUCUCCUCUUACGGUGAGAUCGAGGAGGGCCCUCUUGGGUUCGACAAGCAGACGGGGAAAUUCCGGGGCUUCGCCCUCUUCGUCUACAAGACAGUGGAGGGGGCAAGAAAUUCCCUCGUGGAUCCCAAUAAGAACAUCGAUGGGCAUAACUUGGUCUGCAAGCUUGCAAUAGAGGGUAAGAAGGGGAAGCCAGGUGCCCCUGCACCAGGUGCUGCCCCCAUGGGCGGUGUCCCCGGCCAGCCCAUGGGUGGUGGUGCCGAUAUGGGUCCAGAUGGGCUUGGAUUGGGUGCACAGUCCUCAUUACCAAGUUCUCUCUCUAGCCAGUAUGGUGGUCCAGGUAGCGGUCUCGGCUCAUAUGGUGGUUACUCUGGAAGUGCGCUGCCGGGUGCUGCUGGACUGAGUCACCAUCAUAAUAUGAACUCUUCCUUGCCAUCAUCCAUGGGUCCUGGCACUCCAGGUCUGUCAUCGGUUGGCAGUCAGGUGCCUUCAUCGCUUGGUGGUGCUGUAGCUGGAGGAUAUGGAGGGGGUUUGGGUGGCCCUCUUGGGUCUUCUCAGUAUGGUGGCCCUGGCUCCGGUGGAUACGGAGGUUAUGGCAUGGGCUCAUCACUUUAUCGUAUGCCUCCAAGCUCAGUUGGGAUGCCUUCAGGUGGUUAUCCGGAGGGUGGACAUUAUCCUCUGUCAUCAUCAGCAUACCAGGGCCAGCAUCACCAGCCAGCAGGAUCCUCUCCUGGGCAGAGGGUUCCAGGUGGAGGGUUAUAUCCUAAUGUGCCACCUUAUUACUAAGAAAAGGUAAAAUUUGAUAUUCUUUCUUUAUUGGAGUUGGAAGCCUUAGUUGCCUAAAAUUUAGCUGCAUGGCAGGCUUUUAUGUUCUUUGUGCUGCAAAAAUUUCUACGUCUAUUACAACUUUAUAUGGGGAUUGUGAAUUUCAAUAUAGAAUGUUGUCUGACUAGUUUGACUAUGGUGCAAUGGAUCACAGGUCUAUGAAUUAUCAAAUACUAAAUAGUUCUUUGUUAUUUAUAGUUUAUCUUUGCACAUAUUUGUUGCAUUACAUGGAAUAAUCAUAUUGUUUUUGUUCUUGAUGAUUCAUAUAUUUUGCAUUUGCAUCUAUGCAGCUCUAUUUAUUGUUGCUUUAUUUCCAGAAAGUGGUUUAGAAUAGGUGUACUUUACAAAGUAAAUGCCUUUGUAUGAAAAAUAAAGAUUGUUUGUAGUGUUGAAAUGAACAUAUAAGUAUAUUUAAUAUUUGGAUAUACAAACUGAAAUUUUGGCUAUUUUAAAUUAUUUUCGUAAUGUUUUAUGCAUUCUAUCUAUUGACAAUGCUAAUUGUUGUCAUUUUAUCAUUUAUGUCCACAAGUGAAUCAUAUCAAAAUUCUAUAAAAGGUGUUUGUUUUUCUUCAGAUUUUCUAGUUUUUUUCUGUUUACAUGAUAAUCAUCCAUCAAUCUUUUGUCCUUGGGUAUUUUUGGGAAGUUUUAAUACCUUAGCUUUUACAACAUAAAAUCUUAGCUUAAUAAAAGUAUAGCUUAAAUGAGUUUAUAGACUGCAGUAUACAUUCUUAUAAGAUGUGCUUCAUCCAAACUAAAAAUAGUGCUGUGCUUGUUCUGUUGUGCAUGUUUCCAUUGUAUGUAACAUGAUAAUGUUCUAUGCUGCUCCUUGUUCAUGUGAUUUCAUUGAUUGAGUAGGUACUAGAGGUGAUUAAAUUGUCGACUGUUAGUAAACAGCUUAGUUUAUCACUGUUAUCAUAUAGAUUUUGUUACCUUAGGCUGUAUGUGAUUUUCUUGUUUGGCUUUGUUCAUUUGUAGACUUUGACGAUUGGUUUCCAAAUGCGCAUGUCUUGAACUCUUGUGGUUUAUGUUGCUCUCUUGAUUGCAUUAUGCAUUAUUUAAUAUCUUCAGAGUUCUUGUGCAAUAGCAUUUUGUAUUUUAAUUAAGUUGGCAGGGUAUCAUGUUGUUCUCGUGUUAGAAAUUUAUUUACACCUGUUAUAAUUUGUGUUAUGGCCUUUUGUAUGAUCCCCAAAAGUUGAGAAAUCUUGAGAGAAUGGCGUUUUCUGCAUUUAUAAAUUGGGUUGAACGUUUUGGUGUUUGUUAUUGUGCAUAUGUAACAUUCUUGUGGUCGCUGGAACAUGGAUGUGCCAAGUCUUGGUCAAGAACAUCAGUUUUGUCCUGAGUUUUUGGUUUGUUUCUUUGUGGCUAUGCAAGCUCAUGUAGUGUUUGAAUAUCACAAGAUGUGUUUUGAAAAUGUGGAUAAAAAUGUAUAUAUAUUUCCUUAUGUGUGGCUUACGAAGCCAUUAUUGGUUUGGAUGUUGUUGUUUAAUGUUCAGAUAAUUGAUACAUUAAGAUGUGAUAGUAUUUGUUUAAGUCGUUUAGUUAGCAUGGGUUCAUAUUA